UGACCUAGUUCGGGCCGCAUACACAUACAGAGUGAGCGAAAACAAGCUGUCACUUCAGCUACUUAAAGUUCCAUUACAAGCGCUGUCACUUUUUGAAAUGAUACUUGCCUUCCAGUCGACGUCUUGGCUUCUUAUACCAGAGCGAUACGCUGUGUUUGGUUUUAACCAGAACAAACAGCCUUGUGUUCUGCAGACACCAGGAAAUCUCAGCUUCGACUUGGAAGAUUCUAAGAGCUUGGCUGAACAUCAGAACGCAUUUGAACAUUAGCGUUUGUUUCUAGUAUAAUGUGUGCAUUUUUGGGUAGGCCUGUAUUAAUAUUAGUAAACAUCAUAUAUAAGUGAGUGAAAAGAACAAAGCGCAAGCCGACCACUCUUUCCGUUUGGUCAGGCUGAGCUACACCACGACCCAGAGGAUCCAAAGUAAGCCGUGAAGGGGACAGGAUAAGACCCACUUUGCCCUGAGUGCACACCGACGUCAACGAGCCUCUUUCAUGCGUCUCCCCGCGUCGGACGCCCACGCCAGAAUGAACUGUGAGCAGGACUUUGGGGAGGGGGGCAUGAAUGUGACGCUCACCCUGAGGCUUCUCAUGCACGGCAAGGAGGUGGGAAGCAUCAUAGGCAAGAAAGGAGAAACUGUGAAAAGAAUACGAGAGGAGAGCAGCGCACGGAUAAACAUCUCUGAAGGCUCCUGUCCCGAGCGCAUCAUCACCAUAACGGGCCCGACGGAGUGCGUCUUCAGAGCCUUCACCUUGAUCACAUUAAAACUGGAGGAGGACCUCACAGCUCUGGUCGCCAAUGGCACCGUCACGAGCAAACCGCCCGUCACCCUCCGUCUCGUCAUUCCGGCCAGCCAGUGCGGCUCCCUGAUUGGCAAAGGUGGCUCCAAAAUCAAGGAGAUCAGAGAGAGCACAGGGGCACAAGUACAAGUAGCAGGAGAUUUAUUACCCAACUCUACCGAGCGAGGGGUGACGAUAUCUGGGACCCAGGAAGCCAUCAUUCAAUGCAUCAAGCUCAUAUGCACCGUCAUCCUUGAGUCUCCCCCGAAAGGUGCCACUAUUCCAUACCGACCCAGUCCCACCCCAGGAGCCAUUCUGCUGUCUGGAAAUCAGGUUUUCGAAGCCUCUGAGUUUGGGUCACACCCUCUUUUCUCAGUGGCUCAGGGAGGCUUGGAUCUGCAACAAGCCUAUGCUCUACAAAACCAAUACGGCAUUCCACAUUCAGAGCUGGUCAAGCUUCACCAGUUGUCGGUGCAGCAAGGUUUGGCUCCCAUGGCCCAGCCAGCUACCCCUGUCCUUCCUGGAAUAGAGUCCAAUUCCCAGACCACGUCCCAGGAACUCCUCAUUCCGAACGAUCUCAUCGGUUCAAUCAUCGGCCGACAGGGCACCAAGAUCAACGAAAUCCGGCAGGUGUCAGGCGCUCAGAUCAAGAUCGGCAGCCAGCUGGACAGCACUAGUGACCGGCACGUCACCAUCACCGGUACCCCGAUCAGCAUCAACCUCGCCCAGUACCUCAUCACCUCCUGUUUAGAGACCGCCAAAUCCACCGCCCAGUCCUCUUCCAUGUCGACCCCUGUUGACCUCAACAUGAGCUUCACCCAGCCCACCUCCCCUGCCUCAUCCUCAGCCGCAGCCUUGGCAGCGAUGGGGGGCCUGCCCCAUGCUCCUGUGCUGGGUGCUCCCUAUGCCCUCCCCCUCUCCAGCCUCCUGGGAAUGAAAUCCGUCCCCUUCCUAGCACUCUCCGCCCCCGCCACCACGGCCGCGGCGGCCCCAGCCCACGGGACCCUGGCCUCCUACACCGCAAAAAUCUCCUCCGCCAACGGGAUCAAGAAACCUGAGAGGCAAAAGUUUGCACCCUACUGAUGUUCCCAUCUUUUCCCCAAAUUCCCAACAUCUGUCCUAAGACAAAUAUGGGAUGGGCCCCUAUGUUCUUCUCCUCCCCCACCUGAUGUAGCUAUAUAGUAAGACUGUAUUCCUUUUUCCUUUUUGUUUUGUAGCUUUUUUCAUUAACCACAUAAAAAUGAGAGGGCAUUGGCCAAUAUAGAUCAUGUAAUUCGCCAAGCCUCUUAAGCCAUAGGCUGUCUCUCUUGUCUGUUCUCUACUUUUAUUUAUUAACAGUUAUUCCCUGAGAGUUUAUAAAUUAAACACUGGUUACUGAUGCUAGACCCUAAACGUAUCAGCUUUUAUACAAUGUUGUCUGUGUAUGCUCCUCUAUACAGUUUCCUGAAGGUUUUUUUUUUAAUAUAUAAAUGAUGUAUAAAAAAAAGCAAGUUUUUAAAAAAAGACAACCGAAACCUCUCUUUGUGGUAUGUUUUUACGUAGUUUUGUCACAUUUAUUUGAAAACUGUAAUUUAUUAUAUUUAUUGUGAUUAUUUCUUUUAUUAAUACUAUUUUUUUUUUAUUGACACCAGGUAAAAUACACAUAAUAUUACCUUGUCCUUCCCGCCCUGGAUUAUGAUGAAAGAACUAAAGAUUUUCUUUGCCUCUAAUUACAGAUUCAGUGCUUCCUAACAGUACAUUUUAUUAUUAUUUUUUUUAAUAGAAAAAGUGUGUGACCACCUCUGCAAUGUAAUUAGAAUUAAAAGCCCUGAAAAAGAAAUUAAAGUCAGGUUCUUCUUUCAUUUCUAAUGUAAGUAGCUAGGAAAUAGCAGAAGCUGAAUAAUCUGUGUGGCGUCUGAGGGAAACCGCUAGACGUACGAUAAAGGCGAUGCAUGGUUACUGGCCCUACACCCUGAAAAUAACGCUGCAUGUUGACUUGUUGCACCCACCCACACACCCGCACACACGCAGUGGGGUCACAUAAGUGGGAGAUUUUAAUGACAAGCUAUGCGAACGACAGGAUAAUGAAUUUCGGGGGUGCUGGCUCUCGUGAUGUAGAAAGAGAAACUGGUAAUGCAAGCAAAACCACAGGUACAACCCUUCAGUAAUGCACACCAUGCAUUAUGAUCUGCUGGGAGAUGUUGUUUCCUACGAUCGGACCCUCUUCUGUCUAACCUCACAGAUUUUCGUUUCGAGCUGGUGAGCGUCUGCAGCGUUACGGAACUGUAAAUUUGUCCCUGAGCACUGACUCACUGACUUUUCCCUGCUGAGCUCGCCCUGCCGUUUCACAAGAUGCCUCCUCUUUUUAACUCGAGCGAAUUUUGCAUGCGUACAACUUCAUUUAACGUCUAUGCAAACCACGCGCCCCUGCGGUUCCACGGUAAUUCUGCCUUAUGCAACAUCGGUAGCUAAAGGGGGCUACCCGAUAAGGGCUGUUCAGACAAGUACGAAAAGGUGAGUCGCAGGUGUGAUUCAAAACCUUCUGCUCUGUGAACCAAAAGAUCAACAGCUAGUCAUGUGCUUCAUGUACCCUUCACAUACGCCAUUGUUAUAUGUAAUGACAGAUAUGCUUGUCUCUCAAUAUCUGCAUUUGACUUUUAUGCUCUUUUGUUGCAGCGAACGGCCAAAAGAAUUCAUUUCUCUAAAAUAAGUUUUUAUACGAAAAAAUGCCAUUUUGUGUCCACGUGACUUUUGUCGUGUCUAUCUUCUUGUUUCCCGUUCUCCAUUUUGCCAUAAAUAAAAAAUAAAUAUUAUGCAGA